GCUGUUUGGUUGAAUGAUUUCCUUGGACCCACUAUUCGGAAAUCGAAAUUCAAAGACAUUUUAAUAUUUGGAAAUGACGAUCAACGUUAUUCUUUCCCAGCUUGGUUUAAAGACAUGAAUCGAACCCGCCUCGGUGUGCUUGACUAUCUUGACGGCUUGGCAGUACAUUGGUAUUGGGAUGAAAUGUUUGCGCCGACUCUAAUCGAUUUGACGGCUCAGCUUUUGCCUGGUAAAAUUGUGUUAAAUACCGAAUCCUGUAUAGGAGACAAACCAUGGCAAACACAUGGUCCCGAACUUGGCUCGUGGGAGCGUGGUGAAAUGUAUGCGAGUAGUUUUUUACAUAAUUUGCAGCAUUCCUACAAUGGUUGGAUCGAUUGGAAUAUUGUUUUGGAUGAACAAGGUGGACCAAACUAUGCUGAGAAUUAUGUGGAUGCACCAGUUAUUGUGAAUGCCACAAACCGCGCUGAGAUCUACAAGCAACCUAUAUUCUAUGCCAUGGGACACUUUUCAAAAUUCGUACCUGAAGGUUCGGUGCGUAUUGAUGCAAAAAUACUGAGUGCUUCAGUGGAGGCUGUGGCUUUCAAGAGACCCGAUGAGCGUAUUGCUGUGGUGCUGCUUAAUAGCGGACGGAUCCCCAUGGAUGUGCUCCUCAUUGACAGUGUACGCGGUGAGAUAGUCAUCAAUAUACCAGCGCAAUCGUGGCACACUAUUGUCUAUAAUUAAAUUUGCACAUUUUGUAUUAAGUGGGAUGUGCAUGGUAAGGUGAUCGGCCAGCUUAGAUUUUGGCAUAGAAAAUAUUCAAAUAUAGUACAAAUCGUAUGUACAUACAUACAUAUGUACAUACGUUCGUAUAAGGGUCAAUUCCAAACAAAGUGCUAUUUUUUUGUCCCCCCUUUUUAGUUUUUUUUUUUUAUUGUGUUAAAAACGAAAAAUCAAAAACAGCAUUAUACGAUUCAAAUAAUAAACCACCAAGCUGUUUUUAUUAUUGUAAGAGGUUUUGUUUUAUUUUGCGUGCGGUAUUUCUUUGAUAUAAUAUUUAAGGGAUUCCCUUUAACUCGUAAAGUCUUAAACUGUGUAAAAUUCGAAAGUUUACGAGGCUUUUAUGGGAACGCACCCUUUGUGAAAGGUAGCGGACGC